AUUUAGGAAAAAGUCAUCAAAGUCAUGAGUAUGGAGUGUAAAUCGUUGGAUUUGAAAUUCUCACGAGUAGCUCAGUGUAAGCUAAAAGCUUUAAGACCCGAUGUCACUGAGGUGACGAUGGAAGCCAUUUUGUUACAAAAGUCAAAACCAUUAGAUAAUAUAACGAUUUGGACCACAGUGCGCAGGCGUGGCGUUCAGGUUGGCAAGCCGUUGCUAGAAUUUCGUGUAGAUCUUUGUGCAUUCAUGCGCAAUACACGACGAAACCUUUUGGCGGAACUAGCAUAUAAAAUACUGGGUUUUGAGAAAUGGAGCAAUAUAAAUCACACGUGCCCCUAUGAACAUGAUUUGCUGGUGAAUAAAUAUCCGUUUGAUGGAAAGAGGAUGGGCAGAUUCGUACCACUACAAGAAGGGCGCUACAGCUUGGUCGGCAAAUGGUUCUUCUAUGAUAUUUUGCGAAUUAUAUUAACAGUUCAUUUUCAGGUGUACGAAAAGUAAAUAAUUGUAAAAACUAGUUCACCAAUAAUUUUCUUGUAAGCCUCUUUCUUUUGAUGGCGAAAUUAUAAUGAUUUGAUAGUAUGC